AUGUGGUUACUGCGAUCCCUCGGGGAGCGUAUGAACGCCACACGUACUGUCAAAGAAUUCUGGAUAAGAGUGCUGGAAGGCCUGAAUCACAACGAAUACGACGUACCCUUUGCGCUUCUAUAUACCGUUACCGAGGCAGACGACAUUGAGAAUGGUUCCUCGCAUUCAGAUGCAACGCCAACGUCUGUCAAGUCAUGCGUGUUCGAAGGAUCUAUCGGCGUGCCGAGAGGGCAUGCAGUGUCUCCCGACAAUUUCAGCUUCAAGAACUACGAUGGUAUCUUGACACCUGCUUUUCGAGCAGCUACCCAGACCCUGGAGCCCAGGAUGUUGAGCAUCAAAGACCAUACGCUUCCACAGCCACUGUUAGACAUCAUCGAAUGGCGCGGCUACAAGGAUCCUUGUAGAGAGGCCAUAGUUCUACCUCUACGACCAACCAAUGCAGACAACGUGUGUGCCUUGUUACUAAUAGGCAUCAAUCCACGAAGGGCUUAUGAUCAUGAGUACAGGUCUUUCAUCGCCAUGCUCAAUAGACAGAUCGCCACGUCGUUGGCGUCAGUACUACUUUUCGAAGGUGAAGUGCGGCAAAGCAAAGAAGUCGCUGAGAUGGCUACCCUACAAAGAGAACAGAUGUCUCGACAGCUCCAACUUCAGACCGGACGAAUGCGCCGAAUGACCGAACUAUCGCCCAUGGGCAUGUACCUAUUCAAUCCGGAUGGACUUUUAUUGGAGGCGAACGAGAAAUACUACGAGAUGACAGGUGUCUCACCUACAGGAACCAAACUACCUUGGACUAUUGAGAUGAUGGUGGGUGAGAGCAAGCAAGUGGCACAAGACAUGUGGAACUCAAGUCGUGAGCUACAAUUCGCCAACUCGACAUUCCAGCCCCGAGAUAUCGACGGUUCACUAAUCGAAUAUUGGGUCCUCUCUGCUAGUCAGCCAGAGCUAAGCCCCGAUGGUGAGCUGAUCAGCAUCAUGGGCUCGCUCACGGACAUUUCGCAUUUGAAGUGGGCGCAGGGUCUGCAAGAACGAAGACUACGAGAGGCAGAAGAGGCGAAGCGUCAACAAAACGAAUUCAUCGACAUCACGUCGCACGAGAUGAGAAGUAGCGAUAUCCCUCCCUAUGCAGAUUGCAUUCGAAAUGUCUACUGA